AUGUCAGAGUUGGUGCAGGUGCUCUGGUUCAGUCGCCGCUUCUUAACACGUGCAGCAGAAUCGCAAGUCACAAGUCCCUCAGCGGAAGAUGAAGUCGCCCGAGGAACAAUUGAACGGCUGGUCCCACUCGUCCCUGAUAUCGAAGUAGCCCCGGCAGAAGUUCGGCGUGGGCGCUCGGGUAGGGGACGCGUCCCAGACCCCCGCGCCCUCGCUGGCCUCUUCCGAGGCGGCCCCCAGAGCGGCUGCACGCCCCCCUCCCCGCGCCAGCACUACCACGCAGCCCAGCUGAGCCAGCUGCCCGGGCCCCGCUCGCUCCUGCACCCGGCACACGCGGGCGCACACCUCGGUGAGGAAGCUGCCGAGGAGCAGCCGGAGGACGCUACGAAUCAUGUCUCCCAGCCUGGGCUCCGCCGGCCGCCUCUCCAGGCGCGGACGAAGCUCCCGAGGCUGUUGCCGGGGGCUGCGAGCCGCCGCCAGCCGCACAGGAAGGGAGAGGCGCGGGGCGCUCGUGGUGGGCGGCCCCUGCGCUGGGCUCAGCCCGCUUUCGCCUCCCGGACGCUGCGCGUAGCGCGCCUAAGGGGAGGGGCCAGGCGGGGAGGAGCGCGCCUGUCCCGGCUGGGGGAGGACGAGUGGGGGCAAGCGCUGGGUGCAGGUCCGGCCCCCUACAGGGAGAAGCGGAGGCCGCAGAGCAGCGGAGAGUGGGUCGUCCGUGCCGCGCCUAGGUCGGCGGCUCCGGACUAGCCGCCCUGCGCCCGCUCUCAGGAUCCCUCUCAGCUCUCCAGCUUGCUAAGUCCCCAGGAGAGAGCCAAGCAACGCUUUUGCAGGUGGAGGAUGGCUGCGGGACCUCCCGCGCCCUCUCUGGGAGGGAGACGCGGCUCAGACCUGUUCCUGGCGAAGAGGCGGCUCAGCCCCUGGCUUUUUCAGGCGUGUGCGCAGGAGCUGCGGUUCGAAUCUGCCCUCCAGGGAAGGGGGGAUUCACAGGGGUUAGGUAGGGACAGACUAAGUGGCUUCCACUCCAAGGCAAACUGAGACACAGUCUGAUCAGGAUCGCCCCUCCAUGGUGCCCUGGCCAUCUCGCCCUUCCCUUCCCCGACUGAGCCCUCUAGCCAGGCGCGCGUCCGGGGUGGUUCUACUCCCUGGGACUUGCCUAGGAACAAGACUGAGCUGGGAAGGCUGGAUGGCAAGCCACCGGCCCCAGGGUAAAGACCCCUGGAGAGGGCCUUGGGAGGAACUGAAGUCAAAGAAGCCCAGGGGGUAGAAAGAGGCAGCAGACCAGGCCCAGGCGUCCCAGAAGGUCUUUCCAUGGGAUUCUCCCAGGCCCCAGGACCUGCCACUUGUGUCCUUCUAAGACCUCGCGGGGGCGUUCCCUGCGUUCUACAGGAGGGCACACAGCACGCCCAGAUCCAUGCAGCACAAGGCCUGGACACCUAGCUUCAGCCACCCUCCCGCAUCUGGAACUCGCGCCCGGGUCUCUGGAGUCCGCUGGCCCCUUGCUCACGGAUCCCCCCAGACAUCCUCACCCGCUGUGGUGCAGUCUGGCCUUGCUUCCUGGGCUUCCAGCCUCUGGUCCUUGCCCUUCAGCAUUUCCAAAUCUGCCCUCUCCACUCAGCUGAUUCCAGCUGGAAUCAGUUGGCCCUCUCUCAUUUAUCCCACUUGUUUCCUCUGCUUGAGUUUGACUCCAAUAGCCCCCAAAACAGGAUUUGCACCAAAGCUGCUACACUGAAUUUAGAUCUCCACACGCCCCUGUUUUGUUUUGUUUUGUUUUGUUUUGUUUUAAUUGCAUUAACUAAGUAUACACCUUGCAGUCAGCUGGGCGGUUUGCAGGGAAAUGAUGUCUCCACCACCCUCCCCUCCACUGGGCUUCAGUCAGGGGCUUCUCCGGGCAUUUUCAAAGCACCAAAAAGUUGGGCCACCAAUAAAAUGACAUAGUGGGUUCUCUUUAACCGAAAAAGCAUGGUGGGGAGGUGGUUACUGAACUCCUUUGCAAGUUUUCUCAAAAUGACAGGGAGUUUGGCUCACUGUGCCUUCUCUUGGAAGAAUGUCACCUCCUGUCUUCUGAAAGACUAGCAUAGAAUGACCCUGUUCCAGCAAAAAAUGAACCAGGCCGACAUUGACCCAGCAUAUCCAGGAGUAUGCCAGCCCUCGGAGACUCACUGAAUCGCGGGCUGUAUUAUGUCCCAAACCCACCUGGACAAGGUGUGAGAUUGUUUAGUCUAAAUGCAUCAGAGCCAUCGGAACGAGGUUCCCAAAAUACAGCAGUGUGGCAUGUGGGUCGACCCACACCCACCACCACUGUGUGAGCCUCUAAAACACAAGCAUUGGUGUGUGAGAACUAAUGAUGGCUGACAUCUGAUGCCUACAAUAUACCCACUAAGCUUGUCUUUUCUAAAGUCACCUCCUCACAGAUGCUCAAAGCAUGCCUAGCAUCUCGCAGACAAUCUGGGAAUAGUUGCUAAACCACUGGAGUGACUGAUCUCCUGUAACUCUAUCUCUAGGUGAUACUACGAGGCCCACACAACAGAGGGAGGGACUAAGGCCCAAAGCGAUUAAACCAGAUGCCCACAGUAGAGCACCAAGGGACGCUACACAGUUGGCAUUUGACCCAAGAAAUGUGACUCCUGGGUCUGUGUUGUAACCACUGCAGGUAGUGCCUGCCUAAAAUAGGCCUCCAGACUCCCCGUCCAUCUGACGUUACAUGAUGUAUUUGGUUUUUGCCUAUCUCCGCACAUUGAACGGUAAACUCCAGGGCAGAAAGGGGCCUUGACUCAUGCAGCAUCUCCCAGCACCUACAGCAGCAAGAAGUAUGAGAAACACCCAAAAACUAUGUACAGGCUGUUUUGAUGAACUUACUAAACUCUUACGCAAGACCUUUGGUGUGACACCAAGGGAGGAAAGAAAUGCAUACAACAUGGACAGACAAUGGAGUUUCUGCUGUCAGGACCACACAGAGGGAUUGGGAUAUUUCUAUGAUAUUUUUAUGAUAAGAAUCCUAACAGCUAUGAGACAAUAUCUCAUUAUGAUUUUGAUUUGCACUUUCCUGGUGUUAGUGACGUGGAGCCCCUUCAUGUAUCUGUACGCCAUUGUGUGUCUUUGGGAAAAUCUUUGGGAAAAUGUCUAUUUAAGUUAUUUGCCCAUUUUUAAGUUGGAUUAUUUGUGGGUUCUGCUAUUGAGUGAUAUGAGUUCUUUAAAUAUUUUGGAUAUAUUUUCUCUUGUUCUGUAGGUUCACAUUUGAUUUUGUUGAUGAUUUCCUUUGCUGUGAGAUGCUUCUGAGUUUCAUGUGGUUCCACUUGUUUCUUUAGUUUUUAUUGCUUGUGCUUUUGGUGUCACAUCCAAACAAUGUUGUCAAGACCAAUAUUUAGGGGCUUUUCCUGUUGGUUUUCUUCUAGAGUUUUACAGAUUCAUGUACAAUAUUUAAGGAUGUUGAGUUAAUUUUUGUGACUAGUAUAAAAUAUGAGUUUAAUUUCAUUCUUCUGCAUGCAGCUACCCAGUUUUUCCAGCACCAUUUAUGGAAGAGACUGUCCUUUACCCAUUGUAUAUUCUUGCCUGCUAUGUUAUAAAUUAAUUGACCACAUAUGCAUGGGUUUAUUUUUGGGCUCUUUAUUCUCUUGGCCUAUGUGUCUUUUUUUUAAUGCCCGUACCAUAAUAUUUUGAUUGCUGCAACUUUGCGAUACAAUUUCAAUCCGGAAAUAGGAUGCCUCUAGCUUUAUAUACUUCCUCAGAUUGCUUUGGCUAUUUGGAAUCUUUUGUGGUUCCAUACAAAUUUUAGGGUUUUUUUUUCUACUUCUGUGAAAAUGACAUUGGAAUCUUGGUAGAGAUUGCAUGGACCUAUAGAUGACUUUAGGUAAUAUGGACAUUUCAGUGAUAUUAAUUCUUCUGAUCCAUGAGCAUAGGAUAUCUUUUCAUUUGUUUCUGUUUUAAUUUUCAUCAAAGUUUUAUAAUUUUCCGUGUACAGCCCACUGUCUCCAGAAAUGUGGGUGCUACUGGGUCCUAUAGAAUAUGUAGAUCCUUCAAAUGCCCCCACUCCUCUUCGUGUUGUGGCCUCUGUGGCCUCUAGAGGAAAUGGGGGAAAUUCCCUCUGAUGCCUAAUAUACACACAGGUCUAGUUGGGGAAACCCAAGCAGAGGAACUCAAGUUGCUACUCAACCCAAUACUGACACCAUCUGGAUGGAAACAGGAACAAGCUAAGCAGCCACUGGGCUGAACUCAGAGGGGUUUCACUGGUGAUCACUCAUGAGUUCUAGCCAUUAAUCCUUUGCACUGACAGGUGGGCUGUUCUAAAGAGAUUCGCCUCGAAUGUAGACACUGGGAAGCCAAAGGGCAGAUUAUCAUAAGUAAGCCCUGUGGUAUCGGGAUAUGGCAUCAGGACAUCUGGCUCACCUGCAAGAGCCUGAGGUGAUCCUCCCUGUUUUCCAUGUCCUGGCUCAGAAAGCACUGGUUGGUAGAAAGGAAAAAUGGAAUGUUAAAGCAGCAGAUUAAAUUAUUAACAGGGAAAACGACCUUGUCCCGGUGUACUAAUGUGCUGUCACAGGCUUUAAUGCAUUUGAAUGAUCAAACAUAUGCCCCAUAUGUCAGACUGGGGACCCCUGCUAAGGCACCCAACACUAUAAAGGUAUAGAAGUCUAGGGAGACCGCUAUGGCCCCAACUCUCACUGUGGAUUCAUAUGCUAUGCUGCUGAGAACACCAAAAGGUGUUGUCUACUGGAAUUUGCCAUGGGAUGCCCCCUAGGAUAAGUGAGUUACUUUGUGCCCCUGGGUGAAAGGGAUCUACUCCAUCUCUACUGGGAUCCUGUUGUCAUGCUGAAAGUCAGACCUGUAGAAAUGCACUAUACCUGGAAUGGAGCACACCCCAUUGAAAGAGGGAAGAACAUGGGGGUCCUAGUAUGGCAUAUUCUGCCCCAGUCUAUCUCCUCAUGCCUGACAGUGCUGCUUCCCCCUGCCUACAUGUAUGGCCUGCACAAUCAGGUGAAGUUCCUAAAGCUGCUGGUCUCCCUCUCCUUCAAGGCCAUAAGACACUGACACACCCCUGACAAUCACGAGGCUGAUCCCUACCCUGGGUAUAAGCCCAGGUAUAGCAACUGACUGUGCAGUACAUACAGCAGAUUAAGUACAGUCACUGUGGAGCCUUGGAAUGGAUGGAUUGGCUAUUGCCAGGAUUUGCCCUUAAAAUACAGUGACUUGGCAAAUGUAGUAACAGCAUGUGCUACGUUUGUUUGUUUGCUUGUUUGUUUGUUUGUUUCUUUUUUCGUGGAGGCUUUGGGUUUUCUCUGUAUACUAAGAUCAUGUUCUUUGCAAAUGGGUGAUUUUACAUCUUGCUUCCUGAUUUGGAAGCUUUUUAUUUCUGUUUCUUGCCUGAUUGCUGUGGUAGGACUUCCAAGACUACGUUGAAUAGAAGUGGAGAGAGUGGACACCCUUGUCACCCUUGUUUUGCUCUGGAUCUUAUAGCAAAAUCUUUCACCUUUGACUACUGAAUGUGAUAUUUGCUGCGGGCUUGCCAUAUAUGGCCUUAAUUAUGUUGAAGUAAAUUCCUUUUAUACCAAAUUUAUUGAGAGUUUUGAAUUUUAAGUUCUUGUGUAUGAAAGUUCUCCAUAUCCCUGGGUAAGGGCUCAAAUGGGGCCUGGGUAAGAAAACACUGACAGCAGCAGCCAAGGUGACCUUGUGUUGUGCUUUUAUCCUGUGAAUGAACUGGCACUAAAUGCUGUCCCUCCAUAAUUCUCCCCAAGCCGCAUCAGAGAGGAUUCCAGGGCAAGAUUCUCCCUCCUGGUUCCAAGGGCCCUGGGUGACUCCUUAUGCCCGUUCAAUAACUAGGACACAGAGGUCAUGGGGGACACUCCUGUGGCCCCAGGUGCCCAUCCCUGCCUGGCUUGCCCAUGCCCUGCUGGAGGGUGAUGCCAGGGCAAGAGACAGUGAGGUGGCUGGGGCAGGGGGUAAGGGCCGAGGGCAGCCCAGCAUGGUGAUUCUCCUUGCUUGCAAGACCAUGGCUCACUGCUCCAUCCACCAUCCCAGGGAUCUGCUGCCCCUGCUGCCUCUGGAUGCUGUUGCUGCUGCUUCCCGGCCCCAGCCUGUACCAGCACAGGUGAAUGAGGGAUCUGCCCUUUGGGGACUCACGAGGCCUGCAGAACUCCUCCAACUCUUUCCCAGGGUGUCCAAUCCUUCCUUCCUUCCAUGGGAGCCUGCUUCAGAUUCUGUGUCUCCCUCUCUCUGUCCCUCCCCCACUCAUUCUCUGUCUCAAAACUAAAUAAACAUUAAAAAAUUUAAAGGAA